AUGUCCUUCUCCCACAAGCAGAACCCUAAGACCCUUGUCCUCUUCGACGUUGACGGUACCCUCACCCCUGCGAGACUCACGAUCUCGCCAGAGAUGAAGCAGGUGCUGAAGGAGCUCAGGGAGAAAGUCGUCAUUGGCUUUGUCGGUGGUUCUGAUUUGCAGAAGCAGGUUGAACAGCUCGGUGACUCUGUGCUGCAAGACUUUGACUACUGCUUCUCUGAGAACGGGCUGACUGCGUACAAGCUCGGUGAGAAGUUGGCAUCUCAGUCCUUCAUCAACUGGAUUGGCGAGGACAAGUACAACAAGCUUGCCAGAUUCAUCCUGGGCUACCUGGCGCAAUUGGAGCUUCCAAAGAGACGUGGUACCUUCCUCGAGUUCAGAAACGGUAUGAUCAACGUGUCGCCAAUCGGCAGAAACGCCUCCACCGAGGAGAGAAACGAGUUUGAGAAGUUUGACCUCGAGAACAAGAUCAGGGAGAAAUUUGUCCAGGUGUUGAAGGACGAGUUCCCGGACUACGGCCUCACCUACUCCAUUGGCGGCCAGAUCUCCUUCGACGUGUUCCCAACAGGCUGGGACAAGACGUAUGCCCUGCAACACGUUGAGAAGGAGGGAUUCACCGAGAUCCACUUCUUUGGCGACAAGUCCUACAAGGGAGGAAACGACUACGAGAUCUACACCGACCCGAGAACUAUCGGCCACGCCGUCAACUCCCCGGACGACACCAUCAGAAUCCUCAAGGAGCUCUUCUUUUAG